GUGCCGGGCGCGCGGCGGCGGCGGGCGCAGGUGCUGAGCCACGAUGGGUUUGGCUGAGGACAAAGUGUACAGCCACAUUACGAGAAACCUCAAGAAGUUCGGGACUAUCCGAGUGGCGUCGCUGGCUGAUUCCCUGACCUGCCUGGUCGAUUCUGACAGAGAUGAACUCCUGGCCCGGGAGGAGACACGGGGCAACCAGGCAGCCGUGUUUAGGUUCUAUCAGCACCUGAAGUGCCGCAAGGGCUGGGUGCAGGAUCUCAUCCAGGCACUGCACCACAACAACGCAGGGCACUUGGCUGAUGAGCUGCAGGAAGUCUAUGAUGCCUGGCAACCUCGACCUCGUUCCUCAGCUCCUGCUGCUGCCCCCUCCCUCCCCAGUGAUGCCCAUCCCAGGCCCUCCUCCAUCAGUGCCCAGACACCACCCCGGGGGCCAAAUUCUGCCCCGCUGGCUGGGCAGCCACGCCGAGACCUGGCCACUGGUGACCAUGCCCCUGUCCUGCCCGGUGCUGGCACCGCCACGAGCACGGAGCUGGAGGCCAGGCUGCCUGUGCAGGAAUCGCUCCCCAAAAAACUCCCGGAGCAAGAGAGUCCCCAGCCAGUUCCACCUGGGAGCAAAGUCCAUGGCGGAGCGAGCGGCGGGCACAGCGCAGAGGGGAAUCUCUCACGCCCCACUGGGGCCGUGCCAGUGUCACCAGGGACACCAGGGGUGGCUGUGCCACCAGCCGUGUCCCCAGAGCAGGGCCGGGACUGGCUGAGCCGCCGGCCGGUGUGUGUGGACAAUGGGUUUUUUGGGAAUGCCAACCACCUGCACCGCGGCACGCCCGGCCUGGGCCUGGGCAGGGCUGCUCCAUCCAGAGAUGCAGGUGCCACUCACAGCCCUGGGCAGCCCAGGAACGAGCCCGAAGAGAGCUCCGAUAUCUCCACAGAGCCACCACCGAGCCUGGAGGGGGCCGCUCGUGCUGUGCCCCCAAACCCAGUGCCAACAAAGCAGCCCGUGCCAAGCUCUGGGCAGGGUGAGCCCACAGGAAGCUUCGUGGAUGUGCGCAGCCCCCUCCUCAUCCAGGAGCAGUUUGAUGUGGAGAAGAAGCGGGUGGGGAUGCUGCCGCAGCACCCAGGGAGUGCAGGUGCUUCAGUGGAAACAGCUCCCCUGGGUGCCACCCCUGUGCCCAGAGCCACUGUCCCAUCCCGUGACAGCUCUGUGAAGUCCCUUACACAAGAGAAGAAGCUGCCUGUUGGGAAUAGAGCCAGCAGCACCCCCUGUGUGCCAGCCAAGGAGAAAGUGCUCCCGGCCUCAGCAGACCCAGUCCUGGGCACAGCUGUCGUAGGCGGCUCCGAAGGCGCGGCUGGGAGAUCGGCUUCCCGGGUGAGCUCUGCCACCAGCAUCUGGGCACCUCAGAGUGAUGAGGAGAAGGAAGAGGAGCUCAGCAAGCCAGGUGUCCUCAUGUCCCCGCCUCGGGGCAGCCCAGAGGUGGCCAGCACACACCCGAGCUCUCGGGAGCCCAGCAACCCCUCCAGCAGCCUUGGCCUUGGCAGCGACCCAAUCCUGGUGAGCAGGGAUAGCCUGAGCUCAGGAGCAGCACUGCCCAGAGUCUCCUCAGUUCCUGCAGGCCCCAGAGCAAAGGAGGCACCUGGAGCAAGGAGAGACUCCAGUCCUGCUCCAGGCUGGGACAGCGGCUCCCUGGGCACCCACGAGCUCCAUGUGGAUCAUCCCCCCAGCGUCCAGCUUGGAGCCGGCAGCGACGGGGUCACUCCCCUCGGGAGCUCCGUGAAUUCCAGCCCUGGCAGUGCCACCAGCUCCCCUCAGGGCAGAGCCCCAAAGGGGGACAGCAAUGGCCUGUCCCUGCUGUACCUCCUGCCAGCUGUGGGUGUCAUUUCUGCCGUGGUGUUCGCCGUGUACGCCCGGCUGCGGAAAUAGCGAUGGGACACCCCGACAGUGACACAGCCGGGGGGUUCCUCUGGCAACAGGAUUUUGGCCAAUGCAUUUGAAGCCUGAAGAGUAGCAAAGGGCAGUAGGGGCGUUGUUAAAUCUUUUUCUGGAAGGUUCUGCUGGAAUAGGCCUUGGUACGUGAUGCUGUUGGGUUUGGGUCCGUUCCCUCCCAUUUCCCAGCCAUCUUCUUGGCUGUAGCCUUCUCUUUUUACAGCCCUCAGGGAGAAGAUCUCGCUCCAAAAUGUUCCAUUGAGUCAAAAAGAAAAGCACUUAUGGUGAUUCUCCAUGUCUUGUUUGGUCCCAGGAAGUCUCAGGGAAACUGGUGAUCCAAAGGGUGACCUCCAGGUCCUUUGUGCAGUGCAGCCAGGUGAGGUGUUGCAGGUAUCCUGUAACAGCAGAGCUGAUUUUCUUGGCUCUGCUCAUCUUGGCUUGAAAAUGUGCCCAAGGGUGGGGGCAGCAGCCUCCACUGGACAUCUCAUGUUCAGUUUGCCUUACUUGGUGUCUCUGGCUCUGCUGCUCCUUCUGGGAUUGUUUCAUGUAGUACUGACCCUGGGGAUAAACAUGAGGGUCAGGAAAGAGCUGCAUCUAACAAGCAUCAUCAAGGAUCAGCCUCAUUUCACCCCCUCCAGGCAGAGAAAGGGGUUUCUGAUUUAAGAGAAAUGUUUCAGGCAAUACCAACUUCAAGCAGACUUGGUCCCACAAAAAGUUGCUGGGUGUCUUUGAUUUUUAGGCUGGAUUUUUGGAGUUUGGUUGGAAGGGUGGAUGGAGUUCCUGAUCCCCUGUGGGGUAGGGGUAUAGGAGCCUUCUGCCCAGGCUGGGACACAAACAGGAUCAACUGCAGGGAGGCCAUAGGAGAGUCUGAGAUGCUCUGGGCUGUGGGGAGACCUUGGAGCACCUUCCAGUGUCCAAAGGGCUUGGAACAGACUGGUCCUGGGGAAGGUGUCCAUGGCAGAGGGCUGGGAU